UCAAGAAAAGGAGCUUUGAACAAACCUUCUGUGCUGCUCCCACCAAGGAGCGUGAACCAAGCCUGGGCAGUGCCGUCUGAGAGGUCCCCCACCACUUAUCUCCAGCCUAGGUGGAUCCAGGAGCUAAACAGAAGCUGGGGUUGCACAGAACCUGGGGCCUACCCGCACUCAAAAGCACACCAGUGCACACGAGCAUAUAAUCUAGGUUAUUUUACAAUCAUUCAUGCUGUUUCCCUGCAUCAUGCAUGUAGACACUUAAGAGUCAAGUAGGGGGGCACCUGGCUGGCUCAGUCAAUGGAGCAUGCGACUCUUGAUCUUGGAGUUGUGAGUUCAAGCCCCACAUUGGGUGUAGAGGAUACUUUAAAAAAUAAAAUCUUGCAGAUAAAACAGAGUCAAGGAGGUAGAACUGUAAGACUGACCAUUUGCCCUGAGCCUAGGGAGACUAAGAAGAAUCAGAGCUCACAUUACCAAGUCCAAACAGUCCUCCAAAUCCUCCUAUAAUUACAGGCAUUACUGUCAAAACAGGAUCCAGGCAUAUUGUCUUUUUUUAACAUUUUACUCACUAAGAAGCAAGCUAAGGACAACAGCAGUAUUUGAAUUAAUACCUUAAAUUCUACCUUCCCCAGGUAAACAAAGACUCUUUAUAAGGUAAGGGACAAUCCCACUAAGCAGCUUGGCAGGGAGUCCAGUCUUACCUCCCUUUUUGGCCGGGAGGGGGUGGGGAGGGAGAUUCUGAAAUACACCACCUUCCCACCUACAGUGAAUAGCAUCCCGUUGUUACGUAAGGAAAUACAAAAAUAGUAAGACAGUUGGACAUUCCAAUUCUACCUUUUUACCAACAUUUUAAAAAGACAUUAUUAUAAAUAAAGUGAAACCCAGAACCCUAUCUAACUGGGAACCCUCUUUGGUCAGCUCUUUUUUCCCUCUGUAAAACAGAGAUUGAAAGUUGCUCCCCUACGUGUACUACCUGCCUCAGUAAGAUAUGUUCUGCUGACUUCUAAAAUUUCCUCAAUUCGGUGAUGGAAAAUUGUAUGUCUGAUGCAAUUAAAGAACUAUUUGCUAGAUAGUUAUUAUCUAUUAUCGUCUGGUCAGAGAUUCUACUCUUCCUUUCCUUGGGAGGAUUGUCCAUAAUGGUAAUAUAAUCAACCCCUGGGGUAAUACUCCCUGAUCCUCAGCCUGUUUUUGCACCUGUGGUUUGCCUUUUGUCAGAGGUGGGCGUGCAAACAGGCAGGUGGGGGGAGGAAGGCGUGAGAAUGAAAUGACUUGUUUCUCAUGUGAAUGGGAGGACUCCUUUAUUCCACCUCCUGAAAAACUCCUUUAAAAGCGAUGGCUGCCGCUGGACAACCACAGAACAGGUUCAUUAGCAGAAAGCCAGCAUGGCCAACAAGUCGAAAUUUAUUGACUACAUUGAUGAAGCUCUGGAAAAAUCAAAAGAAACUGCACUUUCUCGCUUGUUUUUCACCCAUCAGGGGAUUCCGUACCCCAUCACCAUGUGCACUUCAGAAACUUUCCAGGCCUUGGACACCUUUGAAGCCAGAAGCAAUGACAUAGUGCUUGCAUCUUAUCCAAAGUGUGGUUCAAAUUGGAUACUACAUAUCAUUAGUGAGUUAAUAUUUGUUGAAUCUAACAAAAAGUACGAAUAUCCAGAAUUUCCAAUUCUUGAAUGUGGGGACCCAGAAAAAUAUCAGAGAAUGAAACAGUUUCCAUCCCCAAGGAUUCUGGCAACUCAUCUCCAUUAUGACAAAUUACCUGGGUCCAUCUUCAAGAAUAAAGCCAAGAUUUUGGUGAUAUUUCGAAACCCUAAAGAUACGGCAGUAUCUUUUUUCCAUUUCCACAACGAUGUCCCUGAUAUUCCAAGCUAUGGCUCCUGGGAUGAAUUCUUCAGACAGUUCAUGAAAGGCCAAGUUUCCUGGGGAAGCUAUUUUGAUUUUGCCAUUAACUGGAACAAACAUCUUGAUGAUGAAAAUGUUAAGUUCAUAUUAUAUGAAGACCUGAAAAAGAACCUGACUGCUGGAAUAAAACAAAUUGCUGAGUUCUUUGGAUUCUCUUUAACUGGGGAGCAGAUCCAAACCAUCUCAGCCCAGAGUACCUUCCAAGCAAUGCGAGCAAAGUCCCAGGAAACACACGGUGCCGUUGGGCCCUUCCUGUUCCGCAAAGGUGAAGUUGGUGAUUGGAAAAAUUUGUUCAGUGAAACUCAGAACCAGGAAAUGGAUGAAAAAUUCAAACAGUGCUUGGCAGGCACUUCCCUAGGAGCAAAGUUGAAGUAUGAAUCCUACUGCCACCCUUGAAGUAGGAAUCCUACUGCCAUCCUAUUGCCCAUUCAGCAGGCAUGGGUAUUUUCUUUUCCUGAAUGAUUAUUAAAUAAUGAAAUAAGAAGUUGAUCAAAUAAUCAACUAAUGAUAAUUAAAUAACGUUUAGAUAUACAUAAUAUGAAUUUAAUAAUAAUGAUAACAUUGGGGCGCCUGGGUGGCUCAGUCGGUUGGGCAUCC